UACAUUUCUCAUGGAUACAAAAGCAUGCAUGGAGACACUUGUCGUUCAGUUUCAAAAAUCUCCUGGCGGAAUUAACACAAUCGAGGGAGUAUAAGUAUAUACGUUUUGAUACUUACGCAAAAUGGACUUCUACUAUCUUCCUUUAUCGGCUCCUUGUCGUGCCGUCACCAUGACCGCCGAAGCGCUCGGCGUUAAAUUAAAUAAGAUAAAGUUAGAUUUGUUUGCAGGAGCUCAUCUGAAACCAGAGUUUCUUAAACUCAACCCACAACAUACAAUACCCACAUUGGUGGAUAACGGUUUCUCAAUUUGGGAAUCACGUGCCAUAAUCAUCUAUUUGGUCGAAAAAUACGGUAAAAAUGAUUCGUUAUACCCGAAUUGCCCGAAGAAGCGCGCUCUCAUCAACCAACGUCUGUUCUUUGAUGCCGGUACAUUAUACCAAGCGUUCUAUAAUUCCUAUGUAUUCAAAUGUUGGUUCAAACAGCCUAUAGAUGCUGAAAAGAUCAAUAAAAUUGAUACAGCUUUUGAGUUCUUCAACACUUUCUUGGAAGGACAUACUUAUGCUGCCGGCGAUACUUUGACUCUCGCUGAUCUCUCGCUGCUAGCAACAGUGUCAUCUUAUGAUGUUGCCAAAUACGAUUUCAGUAAAUAUGCCAAUGUGGCCAGAUGGUACGAGAAUUUGAAGAAAACUGCACCUGGUUGGGAAGAAAACUGGGCGGGCUGUGUAGAAUAUGGAAAAUUUCUGAACUAAUAUAUGUACAUAUAUACAAUAUGCAAUGUAAAUUAAUACUUUUAACAAAUAUACAUAUACAUAUAUGUAUGUACAUACAUACCAUAUAUAAUGAGAUGGAAGCUGAUAAAUUUAAGCGGAAAGCAGUUGAUAUUCGUAAAUCAUUAAUUCGGUUUCAAAGCAUUUAUUGAUUAUCAUUAUACCUUUAUGACUAAAUUGCAAAUAAUAUCAGAAAGCGUAGUGUUUUACUAAAA